AUGGUGGCUUUCUGUGACUACUGCCACGGUAUCCCUAUCAACCUGUUUAGUUUCCGCCGCGAUACCCAGUGUACUCAUGAUCACCAGCCGACAGUACAUGAUCUCAAGACAUCAGCUGCCGCAGGAUGUCCCGGAUGCUGUCUAUUCCUGCACGCCAUCGAAAGUAGUUCAUCCGAGCACGCCGGGAAGUAUGCCCUCAAGAGGUCGUGGAAGGGAGAUGAACGCGUGCGCUUGAGCAGCUCCAAGUUCGGGGAUCAGAUUGUGAACCUCGACUACACCGAGGCCGGGCGUUUCCGGUCAUUUGCGAUACCAUCUGAGUGGCAAAGCGAACAGCCUCCCGCUGCGGGUGACCGCGCAAAGGGCAGCCCUGAGUAUCUUUUGUACGAAGCUCAGUUACUAGAGCGGUGGUCAAAAGUCUGUCUAGAAGGCCACAAGUGCUGCGAGGGCUCGAAACCCUUCCUCCCUACUCGUUUGAUCGAUGUUGGGACGACAAGGCAGCCGACACUUGCGCUCGUCCAGAGUGAGAAUCUCGAUGUUGGAGAGAGCAAAUACUUGGCCUUGAGCCACUGCUGGGGCCUGAACAUGCCUGCAGGUGCUAAGACAACCUCUCUUACAUUAGAGGACCGCCAUAUGUAUAUCUCCAUCGACGAGCUUCCGCUUACCUUCCGGGAUUUCAUCGGCAUUGCGCGUCGCAUCAGCAUUCGCUACGUGUGGAUCGAUUCGCUUUGCAUCAUCCAGGAUUCUCGUCAGGACUGGGAGAAAGAGGCGGCGCAAAUGGCAUCUGUCUAUUCAUCCGCUCACCUAACGAUUGCGGCAUCUUCAUCUUCAAGCGGGAGGGAGGGCUGUUAUGUUCACGACGACGUGCGGUCGUAUGGUCCCGUGGAUCUCGAGUGUAAGAAUAGUGAGGGAUCCAACACCAUCUUCCGGCUCUGGAGCAGGGACACCUUUCCAGUGGCGCAGGUCUUAACAUCGGAUCCACUAUCGACACGCGGCUGGUGUCUUCAGGAACGCGAACUCUCCCCGCGGAUCGUCUUCUACUCCAAGGAUUCAAUUCGCUGGGAGUGCCGCGAAAUGAGGGCCACUCUAGAGUUCCCCUGGGGCGAUUCAGGUUCUUUCGACAAGGGCCGGUUCUUUGAUGGGGGAACAGCUUCCAGGCCUACGAGUAUUGGUUUGCCAAUCAACGAUUCGAAACCGCUGGAGACUGUCACAAAGCAAAGGCUUGCCUGGCUUGAACUGGUACAGGCAUACACUAGCCGAUCACUUACUCGACAGACAGACAUCCUGCCUGCCCUGUCUGGCAUAGCCAGGUCCAUAGCCGAGAGCACGUCCGAUGAGUAUUGCGCCGGACUGUGGAAGUCAUUCCUUCCGCACUGCCUGCUGUGGGCAAGCGACUGGCACGUGAGCAGAGGGUUCAAGCAACACACUCGGCCUCUUGAGUACCUCGCUCCUAGCUGGUCCUGGGCCUCGGUCAAGGGACCCAUUCACUACCCAUCCUGGAUCAAUGGGUACUGGUUUACAUUCAACGCAGAUCCGGACCCGGAAUACUUGCCCAAGAUCAUUAGCGUAUCAGUCGAGCCGACGUCAGAUCCCUACGGCGCCGUCAAAGGCGGAGCACUCACAAUCCAUGGCAAGAUUGGCCUAGUGUUCGCUUGCCAAGAAGCAUACGCCCAGCCCAAAGAUAACUUGAAUGUCUCGUUCACGAACGGCCCGCAAGAUCGCCUGAAUUUGUACAAGGCAGGCCCUGCGGGGACGCCGGAGAAGGUGGGCGAGGUGCGCUACGACGUGCCACUCUGUCCGGACUGCGCACCCAUCGGGUCGGUCCGUAUUCUUUGGCUACUAUGCUGCAUGAAUAGCGAGAUGCGGAAUGGGUCUAUGAGAACAUUUGCCAUCGCUCUGGAGGCGGAAGGGACCAACGGGGUACAAGAGGCUCCGUUCACGGGCCGCUUCCGAAGGGUCGGAGUAGCAUGGGGGAUCGACCCUUCGUUCUGGCAGAGUGCCAUCAACAUGCCGCCGAUUGUGAUUAUUUAG